UACAAGGGCUUGGACAUCAUCACAAACAAGGUGUCUCCUCAGCAGCAGCGUCUGUGCAGGCACCACAUGAUCAGCUUUGUGGAUCCCCUUGUCUCUAACUACACGGUGGUAGAUUUCAGAGACAAAGCUGUGCCUCUGAUUGAAGAUAUCUUUGCCCGAGACAAGAUCCCGAUUGUUGUGGGAGGAACCAACUACUACAUCGAGUCCCUGCUCUGGAAGGUCCUCAUCAACACCAAGGAGAGGGCCAGCACAGCCCCGGGGCCGGCCAGCGACAGGAAGGUGGAGCUGGAGCAGCUGGAUGGUGGUGAGCUCUAUCACCGCCUGAGCCGGGUGGACCCCGAGAUGGCAGCCAAGCUGCACCCCCACGACAAGCGCAAAGUAGCCAGGAGCCUCCAAGUGUUUGAAGAGACGGGGAUCCCCCAUAGUGAAAUCUUGCACCAGCAGCAGGAGGAGGAAGGGGGGGGGCCCUUAGGUGGGCCCCUGAAAUACCCACAUUCCUGCAUCUUGUGGCUCCAUGCAGACCAGGCAGGUGAGAGUGGGCUCCUGGCUGAGUAAGGUGAUGCAGCUCGCCGUUACCACCAGCAGAAGGGGGCUGAGAACCGGCAGGAUUACCAGCAUGGCAUCUUCCAGUCCAUUGGCUUCAAGGAGUUCCAUGAGUACCUCAUCAGUGAAGGGAAUUGCUCACCUGAGACCAGUGCCCUUCUGCUGCAAAAAGGGAUCCAGGCCCUGAAGCAGGUGACCAAGAAAUACGCCCGGAGGCAAAACAAAUGGGUCCGGAACCGCUUCCUGAAACGUCCCGGCCCCAAUGUGCCCCCAGUGUAUGGCUUGGAGGUGUCUGAUCUCCUGCGGUGGGAAGAGAAUGUGCUGAAACCUGCUCUGGAGAUUGUGGAGAGCUUCAUCCAGGGCCGGGAGCCCCCGGCAGAGCCUGUGAAGAUGGAGCACGAUGUAAAGGAGAACAAGCGGAGUCACCACAUGUGUGAGCUCUGCGACAGACUCAUCAUCGGGGACAGGGAGUGGGCAGCUCACACACGAUCCAAAUCCCACCUGCACCAUCUGAAGAGGAGAAGGAAGCUGGAGGCUGCCGGCCAUGCUGCAGAGGCUGAGGGGGACAGUGCGGGUGCAGCCACCUCAGAUGAGGAGAGCAGCCAACCUUUGCCACAGGGCUCCAACCUGCCUCUGGAGGGGUGA